CCUAGAUUGUGUUUUUUUAUUACCCUAUGCUUGAGUGGAGAGCUUCGCAUCCAUAGGAGGGGGCACAGUCAAGUACAUGUUUUCGUUAUCGAUGGUGUUACCCUCCUUUUCUUCUAUGCAUAGCUAGUUUGAAUUGAUUGUGUAGGAAUUGGAACUCGUUAUAACAUGAAUAUUUCAUUCAAUGAUUUUGUGUUAUGCUUGUCUAUGGUGCUUGAGUAUUUGAUAUUUAUGCUAUGUCAUGGAUGCUUAUAUUUCAAUGUUCAUGAUUCUAUUGUAUGCUAGUAUAUGUAUAGUCUAUAAUAUCAUUGUUAUGUUAGGGAACUAUUUUCUUUUGAUAUCCCAUUGUCUAAUGCGUGUAUAAGAGGAUUGACACCCAUCCAUACAAGUAUAGGAUCAAUGCUUGAUAGUUUAGAUCACCAUUUCUUUAGACCUUAUGUUAGCUCGAGAGACUCACACUUGACUAAGUUCUAUCCUUAAUUCUCUGUUCUUUAUUAGUUAGUUGAUGGCAUGAAGUGAAAGCACGCAUUAGCUAGCUAUUGUUCCUCUCGCAUGUGGCGAAAGCUCUGUUAGGAAUGCUCUAGUAGAAGGGAAAUGGUGAUACAAUAGAUGAAUUGUUGAAAUGCAUGAUAUGAAUAAGAAUUAAGAUGCAUGUUUAUGUAGAGUGAUCUUUCUACUCAAUAAUGGAACUUUACUCUUCUGCUUUACUCUACCUUGCCUAUAUGAACUCGAAAAUCACCUAGAGGUCGUUUGAAUUAGUGUUUUGUUUGAGGGAUUUGUUCACAAUCCCUCACAACGAGGGAUUCUAAUUAAAAUCACUCGUUUGGGAAACAUUUUUUUGAUGAGAGAUUUUAACCAUCCCAGAUUUCAGAAACCCACAUUUGUGGGAUUGUGAAAUAGCUGAUGACCAUAAGCUAUUUUGAAAUUCCUCAAUAUUUUGCCAAUAAAUUCCAAAUAUGCCCAAGCUUUUUUUAUGAAAGUCCAACUUCAACCCUCUUCUUUUAAACCUUUGUUACUUUAUGUCAUUCAAUUUAUCUUUAUCGCAUUCAUGGAACCCGUCGUUUUGUUCUUCUCCCACCCAUACGAAGCAGCUCGAAAACGAACCAACGGUUGUCGCUGUGUGCUGACCGGCAGUGACUCAACUUCGGAGAGUAGGGAAUCUGCAGCAAAAACUCAGCUCCGGAUAGCAUUUGACAGUGAGCAGCAAAAACCCCUUCUUCGUUCUUUCUCCUUCGCUUUUCUGGUGGGAUGAGCCUUCAUCUCAAUAAAAAUCUUUUGUGUUCUGGGUUUUAUAGCUUGCUUUGUGGUUGUUUGGCAAAGGAGAGCAAAGGUACCAACUCGUUUAUAGGUUUUUGUUCAAACUUUGGGUGCUGGAUUAUUGGAAUCGAUCGGCCAAUUCUCUUGCAGAGAUUGCCACUGGAGAAAUUGAGAUCACGUAGAACCAGAGAAGAGAGAGAUGAGUGUUGUGGUAUUGAUUGAUUUGAAGCUGUAGAUCCCAGCACCGUCCACCAUCAAUAGAAUUUCUUUGUUGAUUAAACAUAGAUGCCCACCAUCGUCUUGCUCUGAUGUGUUCAUGGUGGCAAUGGUAGUGGUCGUGUUUUGGUUUUAUUUCAAGGACAACGGAAACUGACGAAUGACAGAAUGAAAUUUUGUGCGGUGAGAGUGAGGGGAGGAAUGGUGGAGAAGAGAGCUCGACACGAUUAGGAACCCCCUCUAUUUAUCCUUUAUCUUCCCUCGUGUACAGAUAAGGAGAUUUAAUGUGUAAAAAUUUGAUUUUCCAUUUUCAUUUUAAAAUUCCUUAUUAGUUGCCAAACGAGUGAUUUGGCAAAAAUCCCACACAAAUCUCUCGAAUUAAAAACCUGGGUCUUAAAACGAGUAAUUUGAUCCCAAAUCCCUCUCAAAUCUCUCAAAUUAAAAACCUACAUCUAAAUGACACCCUAAAUAUAUCUAUCUUUUAUUGAUUUGUGUGUGGAGAUGUGAGUAGCUAGUUAGAUGUGAGUAGUUAUACGUUAGAAGACUUUGCGGAAUACGAACCUAGAGAUUUCUAGGAUUUAUAACUUGCUUGUAUUUGAUAUGUAUUGAUAUAACUACUACACGAAAUGCACAUCAAUAUCUCGGCCAAGGCAUAAGAAUUGGAGGAUCAACUAGAACAAGUACAAUUGGAAGUGCUGAAAAAAUCUAACAGAAGAGUUAGUUGAAAAAGGAGUAUUAGUUCAACAGUGUAAGGAUAUCCAAUGGAACGAAGAGGCUUAUUAUAAGUACAAAUAUCGUACACAAUGGAUUCAAGAAGGUGAAAUGAAUACAUCAUUUUUCUUAAGACAAUUAGAAUUUAGACUCAUAGGCAGCAUAUUACAAAACUUAAAGAUGCAGAAGACUGUGAAGUAACUAAUGUCAAGGACAUGGUGGCAGUGGUUGUAGAUUUUUACCAAAAACUCAUUGGUGAAGUGACCCAUAGAGAUUCAGGAUAUGCCCGUUGAUUUCUAUUGAAGCUUACUGAAGAAUAAACCUCUCGUUGAGGAUUGUCUUUUUCUGGAUGGAACUGUGACUAAGGAAGAGAUACAAAACGUUAGCAAGAAUCUGAGUAGAGAUGUCCUGAUGGAUUCCCUUCAAUAAGUAGCAUUGGGAUCUAAUUGGAAAGACAGUGGAAGAUGUGGCUCUUCUGUUUUUAGAACUUGAAUAAUGCCAAAGGUCAUCAAUGCUACAGUAUUCACCUUUGUGGCUAAGGUACCCAAUGUGGAGGAUAGGAGAGGUUUUUGACCCAUAUCCUAUUGAAAUACGCUCUACAAUGGGAUCUAAAAAAUCCGUGUUAACAGGUUAGCUUAUGUUCUUCCUACACUCAUCUCUUUAUCUCAAUAAUCUAUUAUAAAAGGGCGUUUCAUUAUGAUAACAUUUGUUAGCUUCUAACUAAGUUAGAGAUUAUCAUAAGAAGUUAAUUAGCUCUCGUUGAACUAUAAAGAUUGAUAUUAUGAAGGUGUUUGAUUAUGCUCAUUGGUCCUUCCUUUUCUCUACUUUACAAGUUAUGGGGUUCCCUAAUAAAUAUCUAGACUGGUUGAGAGCUUGGAUAUGUACUCUUUGAAUAGUGUUGAGCUUAAUAGAGAGAUGUGUGGAUUUUUGGUAAUGAAAAAGGAGUUAAGAC